AUGCCGAAGAUCUCAACACUCGGCACAUUCUAUCUUUGCCCAAGUGUUCCAGAUCGGGGCACUCGGCAAACACCCCCUCCCCAUCACUUAUCCAGAACAAACACACAGGCACCAGUGCACCACACACACCGCUGCUGCUCGCCUGCCUGCUCCCUUCUGCGCUCGCCACAGCGCCGCCGCUCCUCGUCCGCGCCACCGCGCCGGCCCGCCUCCGCCUCCGCCUGCGCUCGCCCCCGUGCCGGACCGCCUGCGCUCGCCCCCGCGGCCGGACCCCCUGCGCUCGCCACCGCCGCCCGCCAAGGCCGCCGGGUGAGCUUCCUCCUCAACGCCGCCUGCGCUCACCACCGCCGCCGCCUGCGCUCGCCCCCGCGCCAGACCGCCUGCGCUCGCCCCCGCGCCAGACCGCCUGCGCUCGCCCCCGCGCCAGACCGCCUGCGCUGCGAGCACCGCCGGCCGACGCAGCGCCGCAGCCAGCCCGUCUGCGCAGCUCCGGCCACCAGGAGCUCGUCGUCUGAGUUCGAGGUCACCUCCAGGAAGAAGAGUCCGAGGGCCACCAGGAGCUCGUCGGCGAGCCUGGAUCUUCACCUCAACGACCCGCUGCCCCUCGACUGGGAACAGUGCCUCGACCUCCAUGGGCAAAAUGUCAUCUCAAAGUUCAGUUCAGAAGCAAUUUAUAUGCAGAAAACCGAAACAUAUCUUUUAAAGAGCAUUGGACUUUUGGUAAAAAAAAGAGAGCAAUGGACCAAAUUUCACUGGUGUUGCAAAAUCCUUGGGAGGAACUAUUAUGUUUGAGAUGUUCACCCAAUUUCAUAACUCAGAACAUCAUUACAUUACAAUGAACAGGUUGCAUUCUUAUCGGCCAAUGUGGGUUUAGAUGCUCCCUCAGCUGCUGCUCAAGCAGCUAUUCUGCAAAAUCCCGUGUUCAUCUAAAUGACGAAGAGAUUGAUUCUUCAAUAAAUAGCACCAGGGAAGUAGGUAUCACCUCUGCUCUCUGAAACCAUGUCUUUGCCUUUUCUUUGCAAUUUCUGCCAUAUUGAUGUUGUACAUACACUGAUGUGCACAAUAAAACCGGCAGGCAUGUUUCGUAAUGACACACAGAGCUUAUAGGAGCUUUGAUGGAGCAAUAUUUCAUUGCUGGUCAGACACUGCUAUACCUUGGUAGAUAACCAGAUUAAUUUAGUGUGAGACUUUUCAUCAUGUAGGAUGGACAUUUGCUCAUUAUCUGUAUGCAACUUCUAUUUUGCUGUAGAGAUUUGUCCCCCUUGCAUGAAUGUUUAUAAACUGGCUUUGAAUUAGAAAAACAAGAGCUCUUACUCUGGAUGCCCAUGCAUAUAUAUAUGUUGCUCCAUGCUUCAUGCUUCAUGCUUGGAAGAUAGACAAAAUUCUUACUGAAGAUACAGAAAAUGCAAGUGCUCCCUAAGCAUGAAGCCCUUUCUAGUGUGCUAUAUUAUUCCUAUUGCCAUCAUGAGAUGCCUUGAUGAUUAUCUGCAAGUAAUUGGGUUGUCACAAAUUAAAUAUGUUAGUUGCCAUGAUAUAUCUUUAGGAGUUGGAACCAUAUGGUGGUUGCAUAUAUGUGCCACUAUUUAUCAUUUUCAUGAUUUAUUUAGGAUAUAUGUGCCACUGUUUUGUAUUCACUAUUUUACACUGUUUUGUCCUUUUUUUUAGCAAGGGAGGCUAUUUCACCGUCCUUGACUCGUUCACUUCGCCGCAAGACGUUGUCAAGCUCGUCUCGUAGUGGUUGUCGAAUAAUUGUAUGGACCUGUAGUGGUUGUGGAUUAUUUCUAGUUGUGGAUGAACGCUACAUUGUGGAAUACCUGUAUCAGUUGUAUGGACUUAACUUGUGCACUUGUGGAUUAUUUCUAGAUGUGGAUGAACGCUACUAAACUUUAAUUGUAUUUGUGGAUUACUUUGUGUACAUAUGAACUUCUUGUGAUGGUUAUUUUGA